GUCCUGCUUUCGGAGGGAGACUUUUACACCGCACAAAAGCUGGGCAAACACCCGUCGCUGAAAUGAACCAGAGCCCUCGGGCGGUCGCCGUGGAUUAAAGCGGAAACUUUUGCGAUGGCUCUCAACGUGAAAAAGUAGCACGAGAAGCAGCACGCCAACCGCCGCCGCCAACGGACCUUCCACUGCAAAGCAACUCCUAGUAGAUGCACGGCCACUGCUGAAAAAUAUGCUCCAGCCGAGCCGCCUCAACCCCGGCUUCAGUGGCAGAUUCCCAGCCUUAUAACCAGCUUCGUGAGACAUUCGCCGGCUCCUGUUUUGUUUGUUUAUUCCGCUUCUCACCUCCAAAGUCCGCUGUGCAAGUCCCCGACCCACCUGCGAGAGAGCGUUAUGGCAGGGAAGCUGACAGCAGCGCAAGGCGCAGGAAUACUGCUGGUGACAGCCAACGUUGGAUCCCUGUUCGAAGAUCCUGAAAAUCUACAGAAAACAUGGCUGAGGGAGUUUUACCAGACAGUCCACUCACACAAGCCUCACUUCUUGGCAGUGCACUGUCAAGAAGUGGGCGGGAAGAAUUAUGAGGCGUCCAUGUCACACGUGGAUAGUUUUGUAAAAGAGCUGUUGUCCAGUGAUGCCAUGAAGGAGUACAGCAGAGCCCGCGUCUACCUCGAUGAGAACUACAAAUCCCAGGAGCAUUUCACAGCUCUCGGAAGUUUCUACUUUAUCCACGAGUCUUUGAAAAACAUCCACCAGUUUGAUUUCAAAGCCAAGAAAUUCAAGAAGGUGGUCGGGAAGGAAACCUACUCAGAGACACUAGAAAGCACACCCUCGCUGGAGAAGGAGAAGUUUCCACAGGACUACUUUCCUGAGUGCAAGUGGUCCAGAAAGGGAUUCAUCAGAACUCGAUGGGCCCUGGCUGACUGUGCCUUUGAUCUGGUCAACAUCCACCUUUUCCACGAUGCUUCCAACUUGGUGGCCUGGGAGAAAAGCCCGUCUGUCUACUCUGGGACCAGGCAGAAGGCGCUGGGCUACGUUCUAGACAGGAUCACGGACCAGCGGUAUGAGAGGAUGCCAUAUUUUGUCUUUGGGGACUUUAACUUCAGGCUGGACUCGAAGCAGGUUAUUGAGAGUCUCUGCUCCACUGCCACCAUGCAGACGGUCAGAGCCGCAGACACCAAUGAGGUCGACAAGCUAAUAUUCCGAGAAAGUGACAAUGACCGAAAGGUUGUUCUUCAACUUGAAAAGAAGCUUUUUAAUUAUUUCAACCAGGACGUUUUCCGGGAAAACAAUGGGACCUCACUUUUAGAGUAUGACAAAGAGCUGUCAGUGUUCAAGGAUCGGCUGCAUGAACUGGAGAUCUCUUUCCCGCCCAGUUAUCCGUACAGUGAAGACAGCAAUCAGGGGAAGGAGUACAUGAACACCAGAUGCCCCGCCUGGUGUGACCGAAUCCUCCUGUCUGCCUCUGCCAGAGACCUGGUCUUAAAGCCUGAAAAUGAAGAGAAGUCUAUAGUCUAUGAUAACAUCGGGCCCAAUGUCUGCAUGGGGGACCACAAGCCUGUCUUCCUGUCCUUCCGAAUAACAGCGGGGGCAGGUAAACCUAAUGCAAAUAAGCACAAGUGUUGUGUGGUGCAGUGAUGUCGUGGAAAGUGUUGCCAAAGGGGGGAGAAGAUAUUCCGUGAAGCGCCUCUGUGAGAACACCACAGAAACAAACAGGACACCAACACACACACAUGCACACAUGCACACAAACACACAAAUGCACACACACACUUUGCACAAGCAUACACUGAAGAACCUAGACAAAGUUUUUCAGCAGUGCUGACCAGUUGCAGUUGUCCUGACACCUCAUCCAUACGAAAACACAGCCGUUUUCUCUCCAUAAAACACUUGUUGUGGACGUGGACGAGCACCCGAGGGCCCGGCUCCAGACAAGACACACAUCGCUGACCUCACUGUUGCCAUGCAACCCCAUUCCCCAGAGAAGAAAAAAAAAAGUACGGUCGGACAGACGGACGGACGGACGACUCUUUUCCAUGCCACAGCCUCGUUGCCAAAACUCUAAUUGAAAUCAGCCCUACUACAUCCUUUUAGACACCGUACUUGCCAUUUUUAGGUAUGCCUCUAUGUAUAGAAGCUACUUUCACACAGUAUGUAAGGUGUUUUAAAAAAAGAAAAGUGCAAUGCAAAAAAAGUUGUAUAUCUAUAUUGUUAGGGUUAUUUGUACAUUGGACAGUAUAACAUAGAGUUGUUGAUGGUUUUAGUGCCGUUUUCUUUUCUGACCAAACUUUGUGGUCCCUUUGUUGGAAUAGAUAGAACUUUUCACUUUAUUUCAACAAAUCCUCUCUCUAUUUUAUUUUACUUUUUGUCGUCGUUGUUUUUGAGUUGUCGUUGUGUGCACAACACACUGCCAUGCCUGACACGUCGGUUGAGUCUCAUUUUAUAUACUGUACUUUUUAAAGAGAUAAUUUAUAAUUCUUACCAAAAUGUUUAUGCUGAAGCGUGCGCAGACGGAGCGGCUGCGUGGGGGUUCCUGCAGCCACGGUGACCUUUGAAUCGUCAGUACAAGAGGAGAGAAACAGAUACUGUUCAGUGAUUUAUUGCCUAUCCAAGAAUGUUUUAAGCAGUGCCAUAGACCAUGCAAGUAUAUAAGAUAAUGUUUCAUAUAUAGCACUCUCACAUUAUUUCAUUAUUAUUCUUACUCUAACUUAUUUCUAUAAUAUUAUGGUUCUGAAUGUGAUAUUUUAGAUAGGCUUGGGUAUCCUUAAAAUGUAAACUGAUUUUUUUUGUCCAUUUUUGUUACUGCAUUAUGGUGCCAAGUAUCCUACACAGAAAUGAAGUGUAAGAGUUAUAAAUACUUAAGUCAGACGUAUUGAUUCUGAACUGUAAAAAGAGAGAAACUCUAAAGGCGGGGGAAGAGCAGGAAGACUGGCUUUUUAUUUGUUUAGUAUGUAGCCUUCAGCAGCGUUCAUUGCAAAUAAUUUGAGCAUUAAAGAGGCGAACAGGAGACGACCGCGUUUCCUUUUAUCGAUUUCAUUUACUACACUACAGAUUUCAGACGGUGUGAAGCCGUCUGAUUGGUCCUCCGUGAUUUUUUUUUUUAAUCUAAAUCACCGCAAGUGGAAAUGAUUUUGUGCCUGCCGCAGAAUUUAUGUUGUCUUGUGUGAUUUGGUUCGUAGGCAAAAAGCUAAAAACAAAAAAGAGAGAAAAAAAAAAAAGCCUGCUUGUUUUUGUUCCUGCUGGUCAUUGUGA